CUUAACCUAUAUUUCAUUACAAAUAUUUCCUAGUGGGAAUAAAUCUGAAAAAAGAUCGAUCAAGUUUAUCAUAAUGGAAAAUUUAAUUCCAAUUAUAAUAAAUACUUUUAAUAUGUUUAAUGAUGUAUCUUAUACAUAUGAAGAUGUUGAGGAAAUCGGGUUAUGGAUCAGUUAUGAAAUUACAAAACGAGCAAUUAGAAAAAAAACGCCUCGAAUUGAAGGUUACGUGGAACGAAUAAUUCCAUCACUUACUGCCUUAGAAUUUAAGAGUCAUUUCAGAAUGUAUCCAACAACAUUCAAAUUUCUCUUAGGAGAAGUCGCAGAACAAUUGAAAAGGAUCACAAAUGGUAAUGAAAUGAUUACACCAGAAAAACAACUUUUGAUUACUUUAUGGCGUAUGGCAACACCAGAUUCGUAUAGGUCAAUACAUACUAGAUUUGGAAUAGGAAAAGCCACAUGUAUAAGGACAGUACGACGAGUUACUGUAGCGUUAUGUAGAAUUGCUUCAAGAUUCAUACAGUGGCCAACAGGAAGAAGACUAGAAGAAAUUAAACAAAGUUUCUCUGACGUUAAUGGCUUUCCAGGAAUUAUUGGCGCAAUUGAUGGCACGUUCAUCAAUAUACCAGCUCCUAAGGAAAAUCCUGAAGCAUAUGUAAACAGGAAAGGUCAUCAUUCCAUUCAAGCCCAGGUAGUUUGUGAUCAUAAGCGUCUUUUCACCCAUGUAUAUGUGGGAAAUGUAGGAUCCGUGCACGAUGCUAGGGUGUUCCGAUUGUCAGCCUUGCAAGAUUACGUUUCUAACCCAACGAAAUUUCCAGAUGACAGCCAUCUGAUAGGAGAUGCUGCUUAUCCGCUCUUGAAGCAAUUAAUGGUGCCAUAUACUGAUAAUGGUCACCUUACACAGAGACAAAAGAAUUAUAACUUUUGUCUUUCUUCUUCUCGUAUGUAUGUGGAAAGAACUAUCGGAUUACUGAAAGAACGUUGGCGCAGUCUUCUUCAUCAUUUAGCCAUGGGAUUGAUUGAAUACAUUCCUUAUCAUGUUUUAGCGUGUUGUGUGUUACACAAUGUAUGUUUAAUACAAAAUGAUGACUUUGAAAUAUUAACAUUAAAUGAUAUAGAUGAUAUAGCAGUAGGUCUGCAAGAAAUUCAAAGAUGCAAUAGAGAAGAAGCUGAAGCCAAGAGAAACUUUAUAUGUGCGACACUUAACAUAAGAAAUGUAUGA